GCAUGCUCAGUAGCAUUUGUUUUGUUUAACUUUGCUCCUCGCGGCAGCUGUUUGAGGCUGACCUGCAUUCCCGGGGCUUUAAAACGUUUCUAAAAACCCUUCUGGGCUCACAAUGUCUGUUAAACACGCUAUUAGCCGAGGGCUGGAGUUGGGCCGGUCGAUUUUUCAGCUGGGGGUCCUGAAAGCAGGUAGUCGGGUCGCAGCGAAGCUCCGAGCUGACCGAGUUCGUGCGGGCCCGGCCUUCCGGACCGCUCAGCCUCAGGCUUUCCUGCCUCUCCGAUACCGGUAUUACCGCACCUCACUGAGGGGUCUGGCAGCUCAGCUCCAGUGGGCUGGCUUCGUUAGGAGGUUUGCCGGAGGUUCACCGCGGAACAGAGCCGUCUUUCUGGCGUUUGGCCUCGGUGUGGGAUUAAUCGAGAAGCAGAUUGAGGACGACAGGCUGAGUUUGGCAACGUGCAAUGAGAUAAAGGCGGUGUUCAGAAAGAAGAAGUUCCAGAGCCCGCUCAAGCCCUUGGCCUAUGGAUACAAACUGGAGGAUUACAUUGUAGGAAACCAGAUUGGGAAAGGAUCCAACGCAGCUGUGUAUGAAGCUGCACCUCAGUUUUUCUGCUCCAAGAAAAGCGAUGGUGAGCCCGCCGCGGUGCAGAUACGAGACAGUGAGGGCGAGGAAGGAAAUCGCGUCAUGCCAUCUCUGAGUUGCUGCUCUCUAAGGAACUUCCCGCUGGCAAUCAAGAUGCUGUGGAACUUUGGGGCAGGGUCAUCAAACGAGGCGAUCUUUAGAUCGAUGUCCCAUGAGCUGGUUCCCACAGACCCCCUCGCUCUGGCGCCAGCAAAACAGCAACUUACUUUAGACGGAAACUUUGGAGUCGUGCCCAGACGCGUGUCAGCUCACCCCAACGUGAUCAGAGUGUACCGGGCGUUCACAGCGGACGUCCCGCUGCUGCCAGGCGCUCAGGACGAGUAUCCAGACGUGCUUCCUGCCAGGCUCAACCCCAGCGGCCUGGGCAACAAUCGCACUCUGUUUUUGGUGAUGAAAAACUACCCCUUCUCGCUCCGUCAGUACCUGCAAGUGUGCACGCCAAGCCGCAAGCAGAGAUCUGUGAUGGUGCUGCAGCUCCUGGAGGGUGUGGACCAUCUGUGCAAGCAGGGCGUUGCUCACAGGGAUCUCAAAUCAGACAACGUGCUGCUGGAGUUUGACUCGGAUGGUUGCCCCCGUUUAGUGAUCACAGACUUCGGCUGCUGUCUGGCUGAAAGUGAGCAGAGUUUGCAGCUGCCCUUCAACAGCCAGUGGGUGGACAGAGGGGGGAAUGCCUCUCUUAUGGCCCCUGAGGUGGCCUCUGCAGUCCCUGGGCGCAGAGUCGUGAUCGACUACAGCAAGGCCGAUGCGUGGGCUGUGGGCGCCAUUUCCUACGAGAUUUUUGGUGAACCAAAUCCAUUCUACCAUGCUGUUGGACUGCAUAGCAUCAGCUACCAGGAGAAGCAGCUCCCUAUCCUGCAUUCCAGUGCCCCCGCUGAUGUGCAGUUAGUGAUUCGAUUACUCCUCAGGAGGAGUCCUACAAAGCGCCCCAGUGCUCGUGUAGCAGCAAACAUGCUGCACCUCACCCUUUGGGGUCAGAGGAUUCUGGAUAAACAGGGAAAUGCUGGCAUGAGAAAGCUGGCUGAGUGGUUACUGUGCCAGUCUGCUGUGGUUCUGCUGAAGGGCUGCAGUGGACCUGCUGGGAACAGGGUGGAGGCGGAGCUUCAGAGGAACUUCCUGAGGAACCUGGAGCUUGAGGAGCUGCGCACAGCGAUGGGCUUCCUCAUCUACGGACGAAACCAGCACACGGCCCGCAUCCCGUCUGCUUAGAUGUCUUUAAUUUUGCAACCAGAGCUGAGCAGAUAUCUAUGAUAGUUUUUCUGCGGUUAUAUGUUCUCAGACACUUUAUUAAAGUUGGGAGGUUGUAUAUGCUGCUUUUGAAGUUGAAUAAUCCUGACGUAUUAAAGACGCUCCUGAUGCUUCUCUGAAACUGCGUUUACACCGGGCAUGUGAUGCGCGUUCAAGACGCGUUUUUGAAGGCACAUUUAGCAGGAAAAAAACUGUUUUCCCCCCACUGUUUACUGACAUGUCCACCACCAACAGUUGGAAAUGUCAAAGCGGUGCAAAUCCAUGCUUUAUUCCGACAUACAAAAGACCUGGUGUCGUAUAAUUUUGGCUAUUUCAGCUCGACCUGGUUUAACUUUCAACACGGGUUUAAUGGCCGUGCGUUUUGUAUGUAGAGCUCAAAAAUUGUCUUUAAAAUGUACGUAGCGACACGUGAAUGCAAAGGUUUUAAGCGCUAGCCUGAAAUGCGCAUUUACGCGUGUCUAUGUAGACUUUUUAUUGGAAGUGCUGCUUGAACGCGCAUUGCAGAGGGCGGUGUGAACAUGGCUUUAAAGUUUUCAUGCACUCUGAUACUGUUGCGCCGCUCGAGGUUGACUCGCCUGUGCCCUGGAUCCCCUUCAAUGUACUUUAAAAAACGUUGCACUAUUUUUCUCUGCUGUGUAGUCAUAAAGGUUCACAUUUAUUUAUCA